UAACUUUCUGAUAUUUUCUAUUCUGUGUUUUAUUUGUGUCAUUCUAGAAAUGGCGUUGAUUCUCGAAUUUUUACAAUGUCUCUAUUCUUCUCUUAUUAUUUAAUGUCCUUGUUAUACUUUUUUUUAUCAUAAUCAUAUAUAUAUUAAUUAGAUUGUUUCAUCAAAAAUUCUUUUCGAAAAUUAACUUGUAAUAUAUAUAACCUAAUAUAUAUAAUGAUUGCCGAUUUUUUUGAAUGGAAUUAUAUAUAUUUGAAUAUAUUAAUUGAUUCAACUAAUUAUUUCCUAUAAAUAUUAAUAAAUAUUAGAUCAUAUUUUAAAAAAGAAUCAUUAAUUUAUAAAACAUUUUAAUUUGAAAUUUAAUUAUAAUAAUAUUAAUUAUGAUUAAUUUAAAAUUUAUUUAUAAAAGAUAAAAUAUAUAAAACAUUAUUUUUUUACUUAUACUUUUCUUAUUUUAUAUAAAAUUUUAAACUCAAUAUUUUUAUAUAUUUAUAUUUAUGUAUAAUAUAAUAAUAUAAUAAUAUCUAUUAUUUAAAACUAUUUUUUGAGAUUUUAAUUAUUAAAAAUAUAUUAAAAAAAAUUGCAUAAUUGUAGAUAUCUAAAUUAUUUAUAUAUAACAAAAAUUCAUACAAUACAUACAAUACAUAAUUUGAUGUUAUUUUAAAUAUUUAUAUUAUUUUCUAUUUAUAUUUUAUGAUUAAAUAUAUUUUAUUAUAUUAUAUUAUAUUUAAUAUUAUAAUAAAAUAUAUAAUGAUAAAAGAAAGAAAUAAAUAAAUAAAUAAAUUUGAAAUAACAUAAAAUAUGUUAUUAGAUCAAAUAAAUAUUGUAUUCUAUUAAAAUUUUAUGAAUGAAAAUUAUAUGAAUUUUCAAAUGUAUAAUUUGUAAAAAUAUAAAUUAUUUUCAUAUAAAUAUAACUAAUAUUUUUAUACAUAAUAUUUUUUAUAAUUGAAUUUGUUGUUUGUAAUUAAUUUUUGUGUAUUCUAAAACUUAUCAAAAUAUGAAGAAACAGAAUAUAUUUAACCUACUCCGCUAAUAUAAUUUCAGUAUAAAAAAGUACGAAGCCGUGUGACGUUAUUGUGUUAUAUAUAUACGGCUUAUUUGUUUAUAAUUUAUUUAGAAAGCAAUUCAUAUUAAAACUUGUUAUUGUUAUUUAUUCAAGUAACGUUCAAAUCUGUUGUAUUUCUUAAUAUGACUAGAUCAAAAAUAGAGUUAGGAGAUGUAACACCACAUAACAUAAAACAGCUCAAACUUCUUAACCAAGUGGUGUUUCCUGUCUCAUAUAAUGAAAAAUUUUAUAAAGAUGUUUUAGAAGCUGGGGAGUUAGCAAAACUUGCAUAUUACAAUGAUAUAGUGGUUGGUGCAGUUUGUUGUCGAGUAGAUACUUCUGAAAAUUCUAGACGUUUAUAUAUUAUGACAUUGGGAUGUCUUUAUCCCUAUAGAAGAUUAGGAAUAGGUACUGUAAUGGUGCAACAUGUUUUAAAUUAUGUUUAUAAAGAUGGAAAUUUUGAUUCAAUCUUUCUUCAUGUUCAAAUAAGUAAUGAAGGAGCUAUUGAUUUUUAUAAAAAAUUUGGAUUUGAAAUAGUUGAAACAAAAGAACAUUACUAUAAGCGAAUAGAACCUGCAGAUGCUCAUGUAUUACAAAAAACUUUACGUCCCAAAACAAAUCAAACAAACAAUCAACAAACUAAUCAAUAAAAAUCAUUAAUCAUUAAUUUAUCACAUCUUAAAAACUACAUGUUUUCAUAGUCUGGUAAUAAAAUUAUUUUUAUUGUACUUCCCAGUGUGUUAUAUAAGUUAUAAAAUAGAGUUUUAUAAAUAAUUUAAUAAAGUUGACAAAUACAAUGUA